CAUGUGGGGAAGGGCUAGAAUGUGACAUGAUGAUUGGCCAGUCUGAUGAUUCCCUCAUUUCCGUAUUGUUUGGUAGCCAUGUUAGAAUGGGGAACUGGAGACAAUUUUAUCUCAACGAAUUUGUCAUAGUUAAAUUGUCAAGUUUUCUUAAAUAAGCCGUUGUUCUUUUUGUGAAAGAAGAAUAAACGUUGCUUCAGCCCGCCCUACUUAUAUAUCAUAGAGUGGUCCAAAGAGAUGAGCAACAACAUUAACAAGAGGGCACCAACAACAGCAACACAACGAUUAAAACAGGACUACCUUCGAAUAAAGAAAGACCCUGUACCCUACAUCUGUGCAGAGCCUCUCCCUUCAAAUAUAUUGGAAUGGCAUUAUCUUGUACGAGGGCCAGAAAAAACUCCAUAUGAAGGUGGUUAUUACCAUGGAAAACUAAUUUUCCCCAGAGAAUUUCCCUUCAAACCACCAAGUAUAUACAUGAUAACUCCCAAUGGGAGAUUUAAAUGUAAUACAAGAUUAUGUCUUUCCAUCACAGAUUUCCAUCCUGAUACAUGGAAUCCCGCGUGGUCUGUUUCCACCAUCCUGACAGGGCUCCUUAGUUUCAUGGUAGAAAAAGGGCCAACUCUUGGCAGCAUAGAAACCUCAGAUUUUACUAAAAGACAGCUUGCCUCUCAGAGCCUAUCUUUUAAUAUUAAAGACAAGAUCUUCUGUGAACUGUUUCCAGAUGUUGUUGAUGAAAUCAAGCAAAAGCAGCGACUUCAGGACGAGUUGAGGUCUCAUGCCCAGGCGUUACCCCUCCCAGAUGUUGUGCCAGAUGGUGAUGCCCACCAUGGCCAGAACGGACAACCGCCCUUCAAUGGCCACGCCCACCCAGGACCUGCAAAUCUUCCUGACCUGCAGCAGGUCAACCGCAAUCAUGGACUGCUCGGAGGAGCCCUGGCAAACCUGUUUGUCAUCGUGGGCUUUGCUGCCUUUGCCUAUACUGUAAAAUAUGUCCUAAGGAGUAUUGCACAGGAAUGAACUUGGCUUAGUUGGCUAAGAAGAACUAAAUCACAGAUAGCAGAAAGUGAACUGUGCUUGCCCUCACUAUCAGAAGCAGUAGGGUUACCUGUGUCCUUUUUGUUCUGUUAAGAUUUUUAGUGUCUGCAGUCAUGAGCCAACACUGAUGUCAAGUGGGACAACAACCAGGUGGUCAGAGGCUUAAGGAAUGCAGUGAAAUCAAAAACGGUAGAACUGCCUUGGUCUGCAGGGUCAUGUUUAUAAUGAAAUGGCAUCUGGGAAAGUUUUGCCCCGUUAUAGGAAAAUAAUUCCGAUGCCCAACCAGUCUGCCAGUGUAGCCCAUGUAUAAAAAAGAGUGUUGCCAUCUGAUUCACAAAAGUUGUUGGACACCUGAUUUGCGGUUCAAACCAUUCCACAGUUGAUUUUCUCCCCACAGUUUUUCUUUUGUUGAGGGAUGGAUGGACUGUAAGAGUCAAAUAGAUAAUCAUUGCAAAAUUACUUAGGGAGCCAUUCCUGAACAUUUGCUCUGUUGUAAAUUGCAUUUUUGUAAUUGUGAUUAUGUAAUUAAAUGUGUUCCAGAUUUGAUGUCCAUGUUUUGAUGGAAGUGGAACAUGAUUAAAGUACUAGAGUGCUUUGCUUAUGGUAACAAUGCUAGGAUGACCUGUGGCAAAGCGGUUCCAAUAUUAAAUGAGGUCCAUUUUCUACAAAAAAGAAGCCAAAUCAAAACACAGCAAAUGUGAACUCACUUUAGAAACCAAUCCAACACUAACACGUGUUGCUGUGCUUGGUUUUAGGAUAUUUCCACAAAUGUUUUUUUUUUUUCUUCAGUUUAUAACCUUUGUGCAAUAUUCCACCUUGGUUUAGAAAUAAAUAUUCAUAUUAUUCUUGUCAUAAA